UCUCGCUGUCUUUGUAAAAGCAUACUCAACUAUUCCUAACGAUGCGUCUUGUUCCAGUCUUGUUCGUAGCGUCCAGCACGGCACUUCCUGCUGCACUUCACUCCCGGACAGCCCUACUGAACGCACUUCUACCUGACAUCUCCCUCCCGAUUGACUUCUCUUUCGGCGUCCGCGUACCAACUUCCUCCAACCCAUCUUCUUCCAACCCUCUAGCCCUCUUGGUGAACGGCUACCAGAUUCAGAUUCCGCUUAUCGCAAAAUCUGGGACUCUCGUCUCUUGGAUAGCAAACUACGCAGACGGAAAGCCAUACAAUACGCAAUUCACUUCCAUCAACCCGUCGGCCCCUAGAAAUAUAACUACAGACUCAGACUCCACCUCACAGCAAGGUGGAAACAGCUUCACAAACGCAACAGCGUUAGCAGAUGGUCGACAGGCUCGUGUCAUCACCACAUCCUUCUCCUCGGGCAAUGCCGCAUCUGCCGCAGCGGCGGCUCUUGACGGGACAACCUCGUCUUCCACAUCUUCAUCAGGAGCCUCCAACAGCACAGCAGUUGCUACCACAAAUGCAUUGGGCGAAGUGCUCAUCUUGACCUCUGCCAAUACCGCCAACGCCUUGAACUCGCAAUCGAUUCAGAAUGCGCGAGGCGCGGAAGCAGCAUCGUCAUGCGCCGCCGACUCGGGCCCAGCUGCAUCCGCAGAAGCUGAGCAGAUAAACAGCCUUUACAUUCCUAUUGGGACUUCUCCCGAUGGCAAGGAUACCUACUGGUUGAAAAGUUCGGCCUAUGCGGCGUGUUCGGCGGGUGUGGAUGCACCGACACAGGGCGGUAGCUCGAGUUCAGGUAGCCAGGCCUCUUUGACGGGGGUGAGCAGCAGUGUUACUUGUAAUGGGGCCACGAGCAAUGACCAGACAAAGAGCACGACAUACAAGGUCAGUGUCAAGGGGAGGUAUACUCUGUUGAAGGGGUUUAACGGCGCGGUUGGUGGACAGCGAGUUGCAGACAGUCAAAGUCAGUGUUAGAUGAGUUCGAGAAGAUUCGUCGUUAGUGUACUUUGUAG